GGCUUGAAUCCCUCAACACCACCAAACUUGACACUGUUUGUACCACGCGAACAUGUAGUGCUGCAAACUUCUCGUCGUCGAGCAUUUUGAUUGUUAUAGAAGUUGUGUCUGCAUCACGGAAUAAUCCUACAGCCUCAUUCUUGUCGGCUUACCUGGACAUCUUCCACGAUGACACUGGGUCCUUACACUAACCUCCGCGCCGAACGCUACGACAGCGUUUUCGUCAUUACGCUCGCCAAAGCGCCCGAAAACCGUAUCAAUGUUGCCUUUGCGCAAGAAAUCAUACGCGCACUGCGUGAUAUCGAGAGCGAGCUUGGGCCCGACGCGGAAGGCUGCGUCAUUACAAAGGGUGCGGACGAAAAGUUCUGGUGCACAGGUCUAGAUCUGGACGAGAACGAGGCGAAUCCGCAUGCUAAUACCGACGGCUUCUUCCCGCUGCUAGCUACGCUACUCGACUAUCCGUUCCCGACCAUCGCACUGAUCACAGGGCACACAUUUGGCGGCGCAUGUCCGUUGGCACUGGCGCAUGAUUAUCGCAUCAUGAACUCGCAGCGCGGCUUCUUUUCCAUGCCGCCAGUCAACCUAGGACUACAUUUUCCAGGCAUCGGGUAUCUGCCGAGGCUGAAACUCAGCCCGCAGGUUGCGCGUAAGAUGCUGCUCGAGGCACAUCGAUGGACAGGCAAGGAAGCAUACAAGGAUGGUAUAGUGGAUGCAAUUGCAGAGCCAAAGGACAUGCUGAAUGUCGCAUUGACAAAGGCGAGAGAGAUACAAGGUCGGGCCAAAAUGGGCGUAUACAGUCUGCUGAGAAAUGAAUUGUGGGGCGAGGCUGCUGAGAAGAUUAGGAGCAUUUGUUAUGUACAUGGGAGGAGAGUGACGCCGCCUGCAAAGGCAAAGAUCUGACUUAGUACCCGUUGAUAUGUGCGCACGUCCGAUAUAAAGUUCAUAGCCAAUCAAGAGCACUGGGAUCAAGCAAGGUUAUGGCGAAUAAAUAUUCGUGAAUAUCAGUUAGU